AUGAUGGCCAUUCAAAGAAUUCAAUCAGUGCAGGAUUGUAAAAGUCCAGGAACUAGGGGCAGCCCGGCCCUGCAGGGGUGGGGACAGAGGGAACCCGGCCGGUGGCCCGACCCUGCAGGGAAGAAGGACGUGCGACGAGAAGCAUCGGAUUCGGGGAGGGCCGACCUGGCCGAGGGUGACAUUGCCGAGCACUUCCUGGCACAGCGCUGGUCCCCUCCCCAAACGCGCUCUAUGUGGUCCUGUACGCGACUGUCUUUCCCAAAGACAGCCAAGGAAAAACUACUAAAGAUCGACCAGGACACCCUCUUCCUUUCCUCCCCACCACGGUUUCUCAGAGGCUGUGGGGACUUGGUGCGGGUAGGGGGUAGUUGUCCCAAAUCAGCAGCUUCAGGAUCAGGCGACGGUCCCGGGCGCCACCUGCGCGUCGGUGGGAGGCUGGUCCGCGCCCUGGUCCCUCGACGCCCACUGCAAAGGGCAGUGCGAAUGACAGACUGUAAACCCUCUGGCCUGCGUCCUUUUCAAGCACCAGAAACCCAAGUCGGAACUAAUUCUUUCUUUCGGAAGCCGCAACUCCCCUCCGGGUUAAUAGCUGAAAUCAGUGAAAGCGCCUACUGCAUCCGUUUAACAUUUAUGAACUUCUGCAAGGUAGUGGUCUUGGGUGGUGGAGAAAAAGAUUAUGAGUGCACAAGCUGUUUCUGUCGAUUUCAACUUGGUCAGUAUGUGUACCUGACUAGCAGCCAGUCAAAUUUUGAUGUUGAUGACAUGGGUGUGGCAGUGCACCUGGGAAGAUUAAGCAUAUCUGAUACCAUUAUUCCAGAUUAUGAGAAAAGUCAGCUGUGUGGCUACAGAGAGCUCUGGCCUGAAGUAGUUAUUAAUAGAAUUCACACUGGGACUCGUGAGAUGGAGAAUAAAGAAACUCUCAAAGGGUUGCACAAGAUGGACGAUCGUCCAGAGGAACGAAUGAUCAGGGAGAAACUGAAGGCAACCUGUAUGCCAGCGUGGAAGCACGAAUGGUUGGAAAGGAGAAAUAGGCGAGGGCCUGUGGUGGUAAAACCAAUCCCAGUUAAAGGAGAUGGAUCUGAAAUGAAUCACUUGGCAGCUGAGUCUCCAGGAGAGGCCCAGGCGAGUGCGGCUUCACCAGCUUCCAAAGGCCGACGCAGUCCUUCUCCUGGCAACUCCCCAUCAGGUCGCACAGUGAAAUCAGAAUCUCCAGGAGUAAGGAGAAAAAGAGUUUCCCCAGUGCCUUUUCAGAGUGGCAGAAUCACACCACCCCGAAGAGCCCCUUCACCAGAUGGCUUCUCACCAUAUAGCCCUGAGGAAACAAAUCGCCGUGUUAACAAAGUGAUGCGGGCCAGACUGUACUUACUGCAGCAGAUAGGGCCCAACUCUUUCCUGAUUGGAGGAGACAGCCCAGACAAUAAAUACCGGGUGUUUAUUGGGCCUCAGAACUGUAGCUGUGGACGUGGAACAUUCUGUAUUCAUCUGCUGUUUGUAAUGCUCCGGGUGUUUCAACUAGAACCUUCAGACCCAAUGUUGUGGAGAAAAACUUUAAAGAAUUUUGAGGUUGAGAGUUUGUUCCAGAAAUAUCACAGUAGGCGUAGCUCAAGGAUCAAAGCUCCAUCUCGUAACACCAUCCAGAAGUUUGUUUCACGCAUGUCAAAUUCUCAUACAUUGUCAUCAUCUAGUACUUCUACAUCUAGUUCAGAAAACAGUAUAAAGGAUGAAGAGGAGCAGAUGUGUCCUAUUUGCUUAUUGGGCAUGCUUGAUGAAGAAAGUCUUACAGUGUGUGAAGACGGCUGCAGGAACAAGCUGCACCACCAUUGCAUGUCAAUUUGGGCAGAAGAGUGUAGAAGAAAUAGAGAACCUUUAAUAUGUCCCCUUUGUAGAUCUAAGUGGAGGUCUCAUGAUUUCUACAGCCACGAAUUGUCAAGUCCUGUGGAUUCCCCUUCUUCCCUCAGAGCUGCACAGCAGCAAACCGUACAGCAGCAGCCUUUGGCUGGAUCACAAAGAAGGAAUCAAGAGAGCAAUUUUAACCUUACUCAUUAUGGAACUCAGCAAAUCCCUCCUGCUUACAAAGAUUUAGCUGAGCCAUGGAUUCAGGUAUUUGGAAUGGAACUCGUUGGCUGCUUAUUUUCUAGAAACUGGAAUGUGAGAGAGAUGGCCCUCAGGCGUCUUUCCCAUGAUGUCAGUGGGGCCCUGCUGUUGGCAAAUGGGGAGAGCACUGGAAAUUCCGGGGGCAGCAGUGGAAGCAGCCCGAGUGGGGGAGCUGCCAGUGGGUCUUCCCAGACGAGUAUCUCAGGAGAUGUGGUGGAGGCAUGCUGCAACGUUCUGUCAAUGGUCUGUGCUGACCCUGUCUACAAAGUGUACGUUGCUGCUUUAAAAACACUGAGAGCCAUGCUGGUAUAUACUCCUUGCCACAGUUUAGCGGAAAGAAUCAAACUUCAGAGACUUCUCCGGCCAGUUGUAGACACCAUCCUAGUCAAAUGUGCAGAUGCCAAUAGCCGCACAAGUCAGCUGUCCAUAUCAACACUGUUGGAACUGUGCAAAGGCCAAGCAGGAGAGUUGGCAGUUGGCAGAGAAAUACUUAAAGCUGGAUCCAUUGGUAUUGGUGGUGUUGAUUAUGUCUUAAACUGUAUUCUUGGAAACCAAACUGAAUCAAACAAUUGGCAAGAACUUCUUGGCCGCCUUUGUCUUAUAGAUAGACUGUUGUUGGAAUUUCCUGCUGAAUUUUAUCCUCAUAUUGUCAGUACUGAUGUUUCACAAGCUGAGCCUGUUGAAAUCAGGUAUAAGAAGCUGCUGUCCCUCUUAACCUUUGCUUUGCAGUCCAUUGAUAAUUCCCACUCAAUGGUUGGCAAACUUUCCAGAAGGAUCUACUUGAGUUCUGCAAGAAUGGUUACUACAGUACCCCAUGUGUUUUCAAAACUGUUAGAAAUGCUGAGUGUUUCCAGUUCCACUCACUUCACCAGGAUGCGUCGCCGUUUGAUGGCUAUUGCAGAUGAGGUAGAAAUUGCUGAAGCCAUCCAGUUGGGCGUAGAAGACACUUUGGAUGGUCAACAGGACAGCUUUUUGCAGGCAUCUGUUCCCAGUGACUAUCCGGAAACCACAGAGAAGAGUUCCCCUGAGUGCACAAUCCAUUUAGAGAAAACUGGAAAAGGAUUAUGUGCUACAAAAUUGAGUGCCAGUUCAGAGGAUAUUUCUGAGAGACUGGCCAGCAUUUCAGUAGGACCUUCUAGUUCAACAACAACAGAGCAACCAAAGCCAAUGGUUCAAACAAAAGGCAGGCCCCAUAGUCAGUGUUUGAACUCCUCUCCUUUAUCUCAUCAUUCCCAAUUAAUGUUUCCAGCCUUGUCAAGCCCUUCUUCUUCGGCCCCAUCUGUACCAGCUGGCACUGCAACAGAUGUCUCUAAGCAUAGACUUCAGGGAUUCGUUCCCUGCAAAAUACCUUCUGCAUCUCCUCAAACACAGCGCAAGUUUUCUCUACAAUUCCACAGAAACUGUCCUGAAAACAGAGACUCAGAUAAACUUUCCCCAGUCUUUACUCAGUCAAGACCCUUGCCCUCCAGUAAUAUACACAGGCCAAAGCCAUCUCGACCUACCCCAGGUAAUACAAGUAAACAGGGAGAGCCCUCAAAAAAUAGCAUGACACUUGAUCUGAACAGUAGUUCCAAAUGUGAUGACAACUUUGGCUGUAGCAGCAGUAGUAGUAAUGCUGUUAUACCCAGUGAUGAGACAGUGUUCACCCCAGUAGAGGAGAAAUGCAGAUUAGAUGUCAAUACAGAGCUCAACUCCAGUAUUGAGGACCUUCUUGAAGCAUCUAUGCCUUCAAGUGAUACAACAGUCACUUUCAAGUCAGAAGUUGCUGUCCUCUCUCCUGAAAAGGCUGAAAAUGAUGAUACCUACAAAGAUGAUGUGAAUCAUAAUCAAAAGUGCAAAGAAAAGAUGGAAGCUGAAGAAGAAGAAGCUUUAGCAAUUGCCAUGGCAAUGUCAGCGUCUCAGGAUGCCCUCCCCAUAGUUCCUCAGCUGCAGGUUGAAAAUGGAGAAGAUAUCAUCAUUAUUCAACAGGAUACACCAGAGACUCUACCGGGACAUACCAAAGCAAAACAACCGUAUAGAGAAGACACUGAAUGGCUGAAAGGUCAACAGAUAGGCCUUGGAGCAUUUUCUUCUUGUUAUCAGGCUCAAGAUGUGGGAACUGGAACUUUAAUGGCUGUUAAACAGGUGACUUAUGUCAGAAACACAUCAUCUGAGCAAGAAGAAGUAGUAGAAGCAUUAAGAGAAGAGAUAAGAAUGAUGAGCCAUCUGAAUCAUCCAAACAUCAUUAGGAUGUUGGGAGCCACGUGUGAGAAGAGCAAUUACAAUCUCUUCAUUGAAUGGAUGGCAGGGGGAUCUGUGGCUCAUUUGCUGAGUAAAUAUGGAGCUUUCAAAGAAUCAGUAGUUAUUAACUACACUGAACAAUUACUUCGUGGCCUUUCGUAUCUCCAUGAAAACCAAAUCAUUCACAGAGAUGUCAAAGGUGCCAAUUUGCUAAUUGACAGCACUGGUCAGAGACUAAGAAUUGCAGAUUUUGGAGCUGCAGCCAGGUUGGCAUCAAAAGGAACUGGUGCAGGAGAGUUUCAGGGACAAUUACUGGGGACAAUUGCAUUUAUGGCACCUGAGGUACUAAGAGGUCAACAGUAUGGAAGGAGCUGUGAUGUAUGGAGUGUUGGCUGUGCUAUUAUAGAAAUGGCUUGUGCAAAACCACCAUGGAAUGCAGAAAAACACUCCAAUCAUCUUGCUUUGAUAUUUAAGAUUGCUAGUGCAACGACUGCUCCAUCGAUCCCUUCACAUUUGUCUCCCGGCUUACGAGAUGUGGCUCUUCGUUGUUUAGAACUUCAACCUCAGGACAGACCUCCAUCAAGAGAGCUACUAAAGCAUCCAGUCUUUCGUACUACGUGGUAGCCAGUUAUGCAGAUCAUCUACAAUAGAAACAGGAUGCUCAACAAGAGAAAAAAACUUUGGGGAACCACAUUGAUAUUCUACUGGCCAUGAUGCCACUGAACAGCUAUGAACGAGGCCAGUGGGGAACCCUAACCUAAGUAUGUGAUUGACAAAUCAUGAUCUUUACCUAAGCUCAGUAUGCAAAAGCCCACAACUAGUGCAGAAAUUGUAAACCGUGCCUUUCAAAGAACUGGCCUAGGUGAACAGGAAGACAGUGAAGUUUGCAUGACUGAAUUGCAGAAGCAUAAUUUUAUUUUUUGGGGGCACUUUUUCAGCAAUAUUAGCGGCUGAGGGGCUCAGAAUCUAUUUUAAUAUUUGAAAUAUUCUUCCAUUUCAUAUAGUGAUCACAAGCGGGGGUUCUACAAUUCCGUUCAAAUUUUUUGUCACUGGCUAUAAAAUCAGUAUCUGCCUCUUUUAGGUCAGAGUAUGCUAUGAGUAGCAUUACAUACAUAUAUUUUUAAAAGUUGAUACUUCUUUAUGACCCACAGUUGGCCUUUAUUUUCUUAAACACCUGGGCAAUUGUGGCUCAUUGUGCAUUUUACUGUUGGCCCAUUCAUUUCGUUUUUGGAAAUUAUGGUUUUGUAUUUUCAUUUUUAUUUACAUUCAUUUUUGUUUAUUCAGGGAAAGGUGAUCUUUUUUUCAAACCAGAAAAAAAAAAAAAAAACUAGAUAUGAACAAGAGUUCAUUAAAUAUCUUGCUAUUGUAAAAGUUUUUAAAAUACAGACUUAAUUUUGUUUUUUAUAUUGGAAUACAAUAAAGUACUACCUACAUUUGAGUCAGUCACCACUCUUAUUGUGCAGGUUAAAUAUAAACUAAAAAUUAACUGUUCUCUGUGAUGCAACUCACAACGAAGAUCAAGAUUACCUUAAAAUUUAUUUGAAUUUUUUAGAUGUUUUGGUUGUCAAACUGUAGGAAACUUCACAACAUUUAAGUCUUAUUCUGUAUGUAACAAUCCAUCAUUCACCUUCACUACUGGUAAUAACAUAUGACUGCCAUUUUCCUUUUACCAUGCAUCAUCUCUUUACAGUAGGCCUGGCAGAUCAUUUUUAAAAAAGAUUAUUCAACUACCAAUCAGUAAUGUUUUUAAAGAAUACAUUUGCUUUGAACUUGGAAAAUGUGUUCAGAAAGAAAAGUGGAAUUGAAUUUCAUUUAUACACUAAUUCCUUGGAUUUUGCACAGUUACCUAAUGGUUUUAGUCUGGAGUUAAAUUCAGAUGCAUGGAAUCCUGAAGGAAAAUGGUAGCUUUUUAAUCUUUUUGUGUGUGUGUGAGUCUUUUAAAUCAAAUACUGAUUAACUAUUAAAUACAACUUUUGAGAUUUUAGUUUUAACUCUUCAGAAGCCAGUGUGAAAUAGAAUUGGUUAUUCUCAAAGACUCAGGAUAAACUAAAUAAGCUAUAUAGAGUACAUUUAAAAUGUACAACACAAAUUGGAAAUACAGUAAGUUACAAGAUAAGUUUACAGGGAUAUAUUGCUUAUAAUUUUUAAAAGGCAGUUUGUUUUUUAUGUGAAUAUGUUUCUUAGUGAAAUUUUACAUUCCUUUGUUUUGGAAGAUUGGCGAUAUUUGAAGAGUUAAAAAUAGUACAGAAAUGUGAAGUUUGGUAGCUCUAAAUGUGUUGUACUUGACUUUCUGUUUUAUUUUGGGUUUUUUUUUUUUUUUUUUUGACUACUUAGAAUUUUCACAAUUCUAAUAAGAUUGUUUCCAAGUCUCUCAUGUGCAAGCUUUAAAGGAUGCACUCUUGCCAUUUUAUGUACUGGAAGAUCAUUGGUCAGAUGAAUACUGUGUCUGACAAAAAUGUAAACUGUAUAAACUGAGGAACCUCAGCUAAUCAGUAUUACUUUGUAGAUCACCAUGCCCACCACAUUUCAAACUCAAACUAUCUGUAGAUUUCAAAAUCCAUUGUGUUUGAGUUUGUUUGCAGUUCCCUCAGCUUGCUGGUAAUUGUGGCGUUUUGUUUUUUUAUUUUGUUUUCAAUGCAAAUGUGAUGUAAUAUUCUUAUUUUCUUUGGAUCAAAGCUGGACUGGAAAUUGUAUCGUGUAAUUAUUUUUGUGUUCUUAAUGUUAUUUGGUACUCAAGUUGUAAAUAACGUCUACUACUGUUUAUUCCAGUUUCUACUACCUCAGGUGUCCUAUAGAUUUUUCUUCUACCAAAGUUCACUUUCACAAUGAAAUUAUAUUUGCUGUGUGACUAUGAUUCCUAAGAUUUCCAGGGCUUAAGGGCUAACUUCUAUUAGCACCUUACUGUGUAAGCAAAUGUUACAAAAAAAAAAAAAAAAAAUCUCUGGGUUAAGAAAAUUUGGCUUAAAUGUAUCCUUUGUUAUUUUAAAUAUAUUGAGAUAUUUUAAUUAAAAUUUUUACCCCAUUGAACUGAUUUUAUAGUAUUUGUACCUAUUUUGGUGUUUUUGUCUUUAUAGUAAAUAAAAGUUUUUGAACAAA